AUGAUCGCCACCACUCAGCAGAACAUGAGCCCGGAACCGGACCUGGGGAGUUCAGACGGUCCUCCGCGGAACUGGAAGGGCAUUGGAAUCGCCAUGGUGGUGAUCCUGGCUGUCAUGUCUCUGGUCAUUCUCUCCGUCAUCCUCCUCACUCCUGAUGAAUCCCACCUGUUGCUCCGCUCCCAUCUGACCAUGGAGGAUCUGGAGAACCAGGACUUCAAGGUCCACGACCCCCGUGUGGCCUGGUUGAGCGAAAACGAAGUGGCUGUCCGCACCCGGGAGGGACACGUCCUGUCGUUCGGCCUCAACAGCAACCUCACCUCCACGCUGCUGGACAACAGCUCCCUGGAUCUGACCACGACUAAAUUCCAGGUGUCCGCAGACAAGAGGUUUGUCCUCCUGGCCUACAACAUUCAACCAGUGUUCUCUCAGUCCUUCAAAGCCAACUAUGCUAUCUACAAUGUGGCUAAUGGGGAUCUGCUGGAGCUGGAGCCAGCGGAGAGGGAGAAGCCAGCGCUGCAGUUUGCUUCCUGGGGACAUCAGGGGAACCAGCUGGCCUACGUGUUGGACGGAGAUAUCUACUACAAGCCGAGCGUGGCCGGCAAACCGCUGCGCCUCACAACCACGGAGCCGGGGCAGAAUGUGGUGAACGGGAUCUCGGACUGGACCUAUGAGGAGGAGGUGCUCUUAACCUAUGUCGCUCACUGGUGGUCUGUGGACGGCGCCCGGCUGGCGUACCUCAGCAUCAACAACUCUGCCACCCCUGUGAUGGAAAUACCUCAGUUCCUCGGUGGUCUCUACCCGUCCAACGUGGUCUUCCCCUACCCAAAGGCUGGGUCCAGUAUCCCAUCAGUCAGUCUGUUUGUGGUGAAUCUGUAUGGUCCUGCUCACACUCUGGAGAUGAUCCCCCCCGACUCGCUAAGGGCCAGAGAAAGCUACGUCUCGAUGGUGACUUGGAUCAGCACCACCCGGCUCGCCGUCCGCUGGCUGAACCGCGCCCAGAACCAGUCGCUGCUGUGCGUGUGCGAGGCCACCACGGGGGCGUGCUCGGAGAAACACAAAAUGGCCAUGGACAUCAUGCAGAACCAACGGCAGGAGGUGCCAUUGUUUUCAGCCGACGGCUCCAUGUUCUAUACGAUCCUGCCGGCCAAACAAGGCGCUCGCGGAGAGUUCCACCACAUCGCCGGUCUUUCUGCACAGCCUGCCAUCCCGUCGGUCCCUCCUCGCUUCUUGACAUCAGGGAGCUGGGAUGUCACCCGGCUCUGCGCCCUGGACGAGAAGGCUGGGAAAAUCUAUUUCCUGAGCACAGAGGAAUCCAGACAGAGCCGACACCUUUUCAGCGUGGACCUGGAUGGAGUUUUCCAGCGCCAGUGCAUCUCCUGUGACCUCAUAGAUGGAUGCAGCUUCUUUAAGUCUGAGUUCAGCCCCAAUCAAACCCACUUCACCCUCUACUGCUUAGGCCCUGGCAUCCCUAAAGUCACAGUUCACAGCACAAAGGACCCCUCCAGAUACGUGGUCCUGGAGGAUAACAGCCCUCUGUCUCGAGCGCUGGAGGACAAGAGGCUCCCUGAGACCCUGUUCAGGACGCUUCCAGCAGAAAACCACGAUCUGCACCUGAAGCUCUCUCUGCCUCAGGGAUACGAGGCCAACCUGUACCCUCUCCUCAUCAUUGUAGACGGAGUUCCGGGCAGCCAGUCGGUGACGGAGGAGUUUUCCCUGGACUGGGCCCAGGUCCUCUCCAGCUCGCAGAGCGUGGCCUUGGCCUGGGUGGACGGCAGGAGUGGGGUGGGCCGCGGACAGAAGACCCCCGCCCUGGACACGCGCAAGCUCGGCUCACUGAGAGUCAAAGAUUACCUGGGAGUUGUCGAGUUGUUGAUGCAGCUGCCGUACAUUGAUGAUCGCCGGAUGGCCCUCUAUGGCAAGGCGUUCGGUGGUUAUUUAACUCUCAAGAUGUUGGCUGCAACAGAUAAGCUCUUUCAGUGCUCGGCAGCUGUGGCACCGAUAACCGACUUCAGGCUUUACAGUGCUGCAUUCUCAGAGAGAUAUCUCGGCCUUCCGGCGAAGGAGGAGCACGCUUACUCGACUGCCUCUUUGCUGGAGGAGGUUAACAAGCUGAAGGAUGAGAACUUCCUUAUUCUACAUGGAACUGCAGAUGCGAGGGUGCACUUCCAGCACAGCGCGGAGCUCCUGAGCCGACUGGUGAGGGUGGAAGCCAACUACUCGCUGCAGCUGUACCCGGACGAGGGUCACGACCUGAGAGACCCCCGGAGCGUCCAUCACUACCAGAGGACAGUGGUCAAUUACCUCCAGAGCUGCCUGAAGCACAGCGUUCUCCCUGAGCUCGUAGAGGACGAGGACGAGGAGGACGAGGACUGA